CGAGCCGAAAUGAGCUGGAUAGGAGGAGGAGACUGGCUGUGCGCCGCAUGCCAACACCAGAAUUUCAAAAAGCGAGAGGCUUGUCAACGCUGUGGCUAUCCCAAGUACGGCGGCCCCGACGUAUCGACCUUCGUAUUCAACAAAAGCUACGGCGCCGAAGCCUUGGCCGGGGACUGGUACUGCACGGCCAUGAACUGUGGAGUUGUCAACUACGCAAGUCGAACGAAUUGCUACCGGUGUGGUGCGAUGAAAAACGAUUUUGUCGGCUAUAAUAACAUGAUGGGCGCCGACGGAACCGUCGUUCCCCCUGGAUGGAAAACGGGUGACUGGAUUUGCACCGGAUAUGGGUGUGGAGUUCACAAUUAUGCUAGCAGGAUCGAGUGCUUCAAAUGCAGGACACCAAGGGAUUUCGGUGGUGCAUAGGAGUUUAAGAAGACGAAUGGUGUGUGCAAUGGCUGUCACUAAUCUCUAAUCCUUCAAUCACC